CUCGCGACGUGAAGCCAGCGACACCCUUCUCUUUAUCGAAGUAAUUGGUUUCCACCUAAAACAAUGUGCCCAUUAUUCUAAUUUAAUGGAUUCAUUUAAGCGCAGAUGACCUCCCAUGGAGAGUACACUUCCUCAAGAGAUCAGCUCCAAGUGCUCUCCGUCCAUAUUGCUCGAUAUAAAAACGAGAAUUCUGAUAGAAGUACAUCCCACAACCACGUAGAGUCUCUCGUGGAUGAGCAACACGCUUUUUCAAAGGCUGAAAUUAGUUUAUUUGAACCUUUAUUGCCAGACGUGGGGACAAUGGGCUUGAAUGAAAUCUACAAUCGGGUUCACACCUUGUUAGCACCGCCAUUAGUCUUCCUUUACAUUCGCUGAUUGGUGAUUUACAUUUGCGACCAAAUAGCAUCUUUACUGCUGUUUACCAAGACUUCAGGGGCACUGCGGAGUGAACGGGAGCAUUUGAUAUAAAAGUGGAGACUCCAGGAGCCCUCAGUCACUCCAACUCAAAGUUGCAGACUGGUUGUGGAUCUUAAGACACGGACGCACCGGGAAUCUACCCAAGCCUCAGAGAUGUUGAUGUUUGUGAUCAGCCUUGCUACUCUGGUGUUCAACACCGCUGCACGGCCUUCAGUCAAUUACCUGGAGAAUCAUUUCACCGCCGAAAACGAGCCGGAGGAAGUCCGAUCAGCAGCCAUCAAGAGGCUUUUGGAGGUUUUUGGGAUGGAGGACCCCCCGGCUAUCCACGGACACAAGCAGCCGCCUCAGUACAUGCUCGAUCUGUACAACACGGUGGCUGAUGUGGACGGUGUGACCAAGGACCCGAACCUCCUGGAGGGGAAUACUGUGCGCAGCUUCUUUGACAAAUUGCGCAGUGAGCAGGUGGAGUACAGGUUCAAUUUGUCCAUGGUUGCCAGAAGUGAGAAGAUCCUCACAGCAGAGCUCCAUCUCUUCAAGCUGCGACCUCAGGCAACACUGACAUUUCAAAGACAUCACUUCUGCCAGAUUAGUGUCUACCAGCUGCUUGACCCCAGCAGAAGCAACAGCACACAGGAGAAGAAGUUGUUGUCUUCUCGACUGAUCCCAGUCCACUCUACUGGUUGGGAAGUUUUCACCAUCACACAAGCAGUCCGGUCCUGGACAAUGGAUGAAGGCAGUAACCUUGGGCUCCAUGUGGUGGUCAGGACUCUGGGAGGGAGCCAGAUGGACAUGAAACUGAUUCGCUUUGCUUCAGGACGCAACCACCACCAGAGCAAACAGCCCAUGCUGGUCCUCUUCACCGACGACGGGCGCCGCUCCGCUACUCUUGAAAGUCUCGACCCAAACGACACCACUCCCACUUCCACGCUGCCCCAGGCCCCCCUGUCAGGUCCACCCUCCCGCAGUGCCCGCUCCCUAGACUACAGCGAGGAGGAAGGUGCGUCUUCCUCCUGCCAGCGUCUGCCUCUCUACGUUGACUUCGAGGAGAUCGGUUGGUCCGGUUGGAUUGUGUCCCCCCGGGGUUACAACGCCUACCACUGCAAAGGCUCCUGCCCCUUCCCCCUGGGCCAGAACAUGAGGCCCACCAACCACGCCACGGUCCAGUCCAUCAUCAACGCUCUGAAGCUGAUGAAAGGCAUCGACACGCCGUGCUGCGUGCCCGACAAGCUCUUCUCCAUUAACCUCCUCUACUUCGACGACGACGAGAACGUGGUGCUCAAACAGUACAACGACAUGGUGGCUGGAAGCUGCGGCUGCCACUGAACACUGUCAAAGAAGCUGGACUGCACAGAUAUUCAUCAAAAGUACAAAGUCAAUCUCUUAAACCAGCUGCCCUUUAAAAAACUCAAAGAAUAGUGAGUAAUGUGCAGAGUCCAGUGUGGAGCGAUGUAAUAUAUGUAAAUAUUCAUAAAUUAUAAUAUAUGGCAGUGAUGGAAGUGAGAUCCUGUGAAAGAUGUGAAUGUGUAUAUUUUAUGUUUUUGUGAACUAUCACAUAGUCAGAAUAAAAUGUGUAAACAAGA